UCUUGGAUGUACGCAGCUGCAUUGGAGAAAGGUUGUCAGUCUUUCGCGCUCUGCGAUGGAGGACGAUCUGCAGGAGUUUUUAAGGUCACGAGAUGUUCCAGAAGAGGACAUCAUCCUCAUGAAAAGGGACAAGAGACAAGUAAGGACAGAAGCCCAGAGUACAAGAGGAAUGAAGGAUGUUCCUCAGAGUGGUUUUACCUUCGAGACACCCAGCACAUCACACGACUCUCUUUCACCACCCAGAGAUAUCCAAAGAACACACACCAUCCAAAGACUCGCAAGCAGCUCAAGUGACGAGGAGACUGAUGCAUUGUGGAGACAAUGUGCACAGCUAUCGAAAAGUCCACAGCAUUUACAUGAGUACUUUGAUUUUCAGAGAAGCUAUGAAUUCAUCGACUUGACCAAUCAGAUUCCUCCGUUACACAACAGCAUAGUUCAGAAUCUUGGAGAUGAUGAUGAUAAAGAAGACACAGUUGAAUGGAACGAAGGAGAAGAACUUGAACAAACAGAUGAGGACCAAGAAGUUAAAAUAACAUGGAAUGAGAACAUCAUACAGAUGGGUAGUGAAAUGCCUUCACCACCAGAAAAUUUGCCAUCCCAUUCAGGAAACCAUCUUUCUCUUAUAACUUCAUCUGGAAACUCAGAAAAUGCAAAAGUUGUGCAUGCUUUAAUACACAGGGUAAAGGUUGUAGAAGAUCUUUUGGCUGUGUUCAUGGAUAGCAGCAUAAUUCAGUAUACUCUGAAGAUGGAAUUUGUAAAUGAGAAAGCUGUAGAUGAUGCUGGAGUGUCCAGAGAAGUUUACACUGCAUUCUGGGAUCAGUUCCUUGAACAGUGUGAAGGGGAAGAUGAGUGGGUUCCUAGAUUGAGACCAGACUUCUCUGAAGCUGAAUGGGAGGCAGUAGGAAGGAUCUGGGUAAAAGGAUUACUUGACCUUGGUGUACUGCCAGUAAGGCUUUCCAGUGCUUUCAUUUUAGCAUGUAUGCAUGGAAUUGACUCAGUCAAUGACGAUGUCCUGAUGUCAUCUUUCCAUUACUACCUUUCUUUGACUGAACGAAAUGCCGUUGCAAAGGCUUGUCAAGGCACACUGGAGGAAUGUGGUCAAGAUGAUUUGCUUGACCUCUUCACAAGAAUGGGCUCCCAUUGCAUCCCUCCAAAAAACACCAUGAAAGUUGCUAUCCAAACAAUGGCUCACAAAGCAAUUCUUCAAGAGCCCAAAUAUGUAAUAGAUUGUUUCUCCAGAGCCAUGCCAUUUGCACUGCUGAAAGUACCAGACCAGGAAAGUCUAGUGUCUCUGUAUGACACAAAGAAGGCCACUGAAAUGCUGACCAAAGCAAAGCAGAAAAAUUUCUUCGGUUCUGCACUGGUUCUUCUGUUAUAUGUGUUGAUCAAAUCAAGUUCUUACCCAGACCUCCGCACAGAGUUUGACAACAUUCUCUCUAGUGAUUACUUUGAAAUGGACAUCCUGUGA